GGAAAUUUGAAAAUUGCAUUAUAGACGCCAUGUUUUCGCUAAGCUUUUGGAUUACUAUACUAUUGUGUUUGUGGAUUUAUUUAUUGUGGACUCGGAGAAAGUUUUAUCUACUGACUCUGAAGUUUCCAGGCCCAUUCGGAUAUCCCAUAAUCGGCAUGGCACAUAAGUUGCUCCACAGAGAAGAUGUCCUGAGCGAGUUCGGGUAUUAUAUAAAGCAGUAUGGGCCGACACUUUUUUCUUGGCUAGGUCCGAUUCCAUUUUUGAUUGUAAGCGAUCCUCAGUUAACGCAGGACAUACUUACCUCGCCGCAUUGUGUUAACAAGGGUCUGAUCUAUAAGGCUGUGGACGAUGGCGCAGGCAAAGGUCUUUUUAGCCAAAGUGAUCCAACCUGGAGCAUUCAUCGGAAGUUGUUGAAUCCCGCCUUUGGCCACAAGGUGCUGCUAAGCUUCCUCCCAGUUUUUAACAGUGAGACAGCAGCUCUGCUGAAUGUGUUGAAAGGAAUGGAAAAUGAAGAAAAGGACUUUACACAAGUGUUACAAAGCUUUACAUUGAGAAUUGCGACACAAACAACGAUGGGCAGCGAUGUGAAGGAUGAAGAGUGUUUCAAGAACAAUAUACUACUCCAGCGCUAUCAAUGUGUGCAAGAAACUAUGACAGAUAUGUGUUUCUCGCCGUGGCUCAACAACAGAAUCUUGCGAAUAAUUUUUGGUAAGGAGGAGAGCUACUCUCGUGCCAAGUUAGAGAUUCGCGCAUUUAUCAAAAAGCUAAUUGUACGAAAAUUGAAUGAGGACUCUGCAAAUACUGCUCUCCCAAAGGAUAAGAACAUAUUUCUAAAUCUGGCCACUGACCUUCUGAAGCGAGGAAUUUUUAGCUGGAAGAAUGUUGAGGACGAAUCGAAUGUUAUAGUGUUUGGUGCCUUUGAGACAACAGCUAAUACUUUGUACUAUUCCUUAAUGCUACUCGCCAUGUUUCCCGAUUACCAGGAGAAGGCAUUUGAGGAAAUCAAAACGAUCUUUCCCAAUCCAGGCGAUUUUGAAGUUAGUUACGCAGACACAAAGCAAAUGAUAUACAUGGAUAUGAUUCUGAACGAGUCGAUGCGAGUGAUGUCACCCGUACCGCUCGUUUCAAGACAAACGUCACAAGAUCUGAAAUUGUCAAACGGGGUAACAAUACCCAAGGGAAUACAGAUAGCACUUGAUAUUUUUCAUAUGCACAGAAGUAAAAGUAUUUGGGGCCCAGAAGCGGAAACCUUCAAUCCGGACAACUUUUUACCCACUAAUUUGGAAGAUAAGCACCCAUACGCCUAUAUACCUUUUACAAAAGGCAUCAGAAACUGUAUAGGUUGGAGAUAUGCUCUAAUAUCGGCCAAAGUAACACUGGCGAAACUGCUGAGAAAUUUUAAGUUUACCACCUCUUUUCCAUUUGAGGAUCUUGUUUUUGUUGAAGAUAUAACAAUUAAAUUAGAAAAAGCGCCGCUUUUAAAAUUGCAACGACGAAAUUAA